CUAUCCUCCACGUUACUACUUUCUUCGAGACCCUUUUCUGGAAUUACUCCCAGCAAGCUGUUACUCAGACGUCCUGUUGGUUAAUAAAGCUGACGCUGUAGCAGUUCUGCUAUUGUAUGGACUCAGGCUUAAAAUAGUGGGCUUGAUGUGACAUAUUUCUUUGUAAUAUUAUGUAUGUGCAGCCUCUGUGUAAUUGCAUUAUGCACCUUUAUUGCAUAGUUGAAGUAGUGGCAGGAAAGGAUGCCAUGUGUGUUACUGGGAGAUUGUUCAGUGGGUAUUUUUUCUCACUCUUCCGUUUCAGUACCAGUGAAGGACAAGAAACUUCUAGAGGUCAAACUGGGGGAGCUGCCAAGCUGGAUCUUGAUGCGGGACUUCAGCCCUAGUGGCAUUCUUGGAGCAUUUCAAAGAGGUUACUACCGGUACUACAACAAGUACAUUAACGUGAGGAAAGGGAGCAUCUCGGGGAUUACCAUGGUGCUGGCAUGCUACGUGCUCUUCAACUACUGCAUUUCCUACAAGCAUCUCAAGCACGAGCGGCACCGCAAAUACCACUGAAGAGGACACGCUCUGCACCACCCCCCGACCCCAUGACCUUGGCCUGAGCCCCUCCGUGAGGAACACAAUCUCGAUCGUUGCUGAAUCCUUUCAUGUCCUAAUGGGAAUUAACCUCCAAAUAAAAGAUGACUGGUACAUGUGC